CCACCUCACUCACUUCAUCCUCAGAAACCCUAGCAUAGCAGAGCAGAGCUCUCUUCCGAUGAAGCCCUCGUCGCGCUACAGCUCCUACGAUGCACGCUCCUCCACCGCCUCCCACCACUCCUACCCGUCCUCCUCCGCCGAAUUCAAGCCCAAGCACCCCGCCACGUCCUCCUCACGCGCCGUCGUCAAAUCCAAGCCCUCCCCGGAUCCCAACCUCACCACCAUGGUGAAAAAGUUCAUGGAAAAGCGCUCCUCCUCCUCGUCCAAGCCCAAGCCGAUUAGCGGCACCGCCUUGGUGAUUCCGCCCGAUGUGAUCGCCGACGGCCUGAAAAAGACGGCAAAAAAUGGCUCCAACUUCGCGGCGCUGCACAGGAAGCUCUUUGGGAAAGCCACGGGAUCGGCGGACAAGAAGAAGGAGGUCAAGGCGUUGACCGAGGUCAAAGGGAACACCAGGACGUUGGCCAUGGUGUUGAGAAGUGAGAGAGAGCUUCUCAGUCUGAAUAAGGACCAAGAAUCGGAGAUCGCCGAGCUCAAGUUGAUGCUCCAAGAGAAGAACAAAGAAGUGGACAAAUUGAAGGACUUGUGUCUGAAGCAAAGGGAGGAAAUCAAAUCGUUGAAGAGCACGAUUUUGUUCCCGGAUGUUAUGAAUUCUCAGCUUCAAGAGUUGCUAGAGAAGCAAGGGUCAGAGCUGAAGCAAGCCAAACAAGUAAUCCCAAAUCUUCAGAGGCAGGUCACUUCUCUCACUGGCCAGCUCCAAUGCCUUGCAGUGGAUCUUGCUGAGGUGAAAGCAGACAAACAUUCGGUUAGGGCAUGUUUUCAAAGUGAUGACAGUAUUCCCAGAACUCCAACGUAUCAUCAGAAAGAAUCGUUGAAUUCUCUGGAGUUCAGCUCUUGUGAUCCAACCAGCCCUGGUAGUCCAGAUGACAUGUUCCUAAAGGAUUUAAAUCCAUGCUUAACACCUUUCUGUGCUAAAUCAAAGUCCAAGGAAUUUGAUGAGAUGGGUUACUACUCUCCACAUGGCUAUGAUGAAAGCUUAUCUAAAAACAACGUGGAGUUUGGAUUUAACUCUUGUGUGAGGAAGUUGACCCGAAGUUCUGACUGUUGCCAAAAUUCCGAAACAGAAAGUAGAACAGCUCAUGCAAAUCGGAGAUCUGGUGAUGCCCAACGAACAUAUGGCAAUCGAACUCACCGUAAUUAUUUUUAGAUCAGUUGUCAUAUGCUGCUUCAUAUUAGUCACCGUCUUUUCUUUUCACCGUAAGCACAAGCACAACAUUUACUGAUAAAAUGCUGAAAGUCCAUCAUUUACAGUGGAAGAGUUUGUACGUUUAGGGAGUCGAAGUUACUGCUAAGUGCUUGUACAUGGUGCACU